AACCUUGCAGGGGGCCAGUCGCACAUUCUCCAAAUCCUAGGGCUAGAAGGGACCUCCAGGGUUUCAGCCCUAGGAUCAUUGUUAUUUAUUAUUAUUUAUUUAUUUAUUUAAUCAAUCAUAUUGUUAGUCCAUAUGUCUAUGUGUGUAGUGACAAUUCAGCCUUUUUGCCCCAAAGUAAUGACACUUUUCUGGUCGGAUGUAGCUGUAGAAAUCCGGAGCAUAUUUUGGUGGUUGAUAAAGGGGGGAGACUUCUAAACUAUAGAAAUGCACUAUUUUAUCCAAGAAAUAAGAGAAAAUGUUAGGCUCCUGCCUGCUUUUUAACAGGAGGCGCUUGACCCGUGUUUUUGCCUGUUGUCAGCCUCUUCUAGGACGUGAGUCUUUCAGCCUCCGGACUAAUUUCUGUGCUCUCAUAGAGCUGCCUGCCAGAUGGAGAUCAGCUUAUAGAAAAGUUGCCCCUGUCUUCACCAGAGCACCGGCCUUUGGAGAAAAGGUGGCCGUCAUUGACCAAAGAGGAGAAUGCACCUACAAAGAUCUGUACUCUCGAAGUCUUUGCCUCUCCCAGAAAAUCUGCGAGGCCCUUGGAAACUCAGAUGGUGACCUGAAGGGCGAACGGAUUUCCUUUUUGUGCCCCAACGAUGCUUCCUAUGUCGUGGCCCAGUGGGCUACCUGGAUGAGUGGAGGCAUUGCUGUGCCUCUGUACAGAAAGCAUCCUGUGUCGGAACUGGAGUACUUCAUCCAGGACUCUCAGAGUGCCCUUCUGCUAGCCGAGGAAGAGUUUGGGGACAAAAUGACCCCGAUUGCUGAGAAACUGGGGGUCCCUGUGCUCUUGCUUUCCCGGUCCGGGAAGUGGGAAGGGAGAACGGAUGGAUCCGCUGGAGAUGCCGGUUGCCCCAUUUCAGAGUGGGAGAACAGAGGGGCCAUGAUCAUCUACACCAGUGGGACCACGGGAAGGCCCAAGGGGGUCCUAAGCAGUCACCAGAACGUCCAUGCUAUGAUAACCGGGCUGGUUGAGAAAUGGGCCUGGACAAGCGAUGAUGUCAUUCUCCACGUCCUGCCCUUGCAUCAUGUCCAUGGGGUGGUCAACAAAUUGCUGUGCCCCCUCUGGGUGGGGGCCACCUGCAUCAUGCUGCCCGAGUUUAGCGCAGAAAUGGUCUGGGAAGCCCUCCUGAGCCUCCAGGCCCCCCGGGUCAACGUCUUUAUGGCAGUGCCAACCAUCUACAGCAAACUGAUCGCUUACUACGAGGAGCAUUUCUCUCAGCCACGGGUCCAGGACUUCAUCCAUGCCGUCUGCCAGGACCAUAUCCGGUUGAUGGUAUCGGGGUCCUCGGCCCUCCCGGUGCCGGUCCUAGAAAGAUGGAAGAGGCUUACGGGGCACGUUCUCUUGGAGAGAUAUGGGAUGACAGAGAUUGGGAUGGCCCUUUCCAACCCACUGCACGGCCCUCGUGUUCCAGGAUCAGUUGGGACUCCGCUGCCUGGAGUUAAGGUGCGCAUCGCCACUGGAAGCUGGACCAAGGACGAUUCUGCGUUCUGCAUCCAUGCUGAAGGGGACGAGAUGGGCACAACGGUGACUCCAGGCUUCGACGCCAAAGAAGGGGAGCUCUUUGUGAAAGGAGCCACCGUGUUUCAGGAAUAUUGGAACAGGCCUUUUGAGACCAAGGACACCUUUACUCCCGAUGGCUGGUUCAAGACAGGUGAUACGGCCGUGUAUCAGGAAGGCACCUACUGGAUCAGGGGACGGACCUCGGUGGACAUCAUCAAAAGCGGAGGUUACAAGAUCAGCGCCCUGGAAGUUGAACGCCACCUGCUGGCCCACCCUAGCAUUGCAGAUGUUGCUGUGAUCGGUGCCCCAGACAUUGUCUGGGGUCAGAAGGUCAGCGCCGUGGUAGAACUCCACAAGAGCCAGGAAUUGUCUCUCCAGACCCUCAAGAAAUGGGCCAGGGAGACCAUGCCCUCUUACACCAUCCCUUCUGAACUGCUCCUGGUGGAGGAAAUUCCCCGCAACCAAAUGGGGAAGGUGGAUAAGAAGCAGCUCCUCAAACAAUUCUACGGCACCUUGUGAAAGCCUUCACUUCUGCCCGUUGGAAGGAAGGUCUCUGUGGCCCAAGAGCAGGACUGGACGCCCUUCCUUCAAAACCGGACUCGGAUCCUGGGGUGCUGAUUUGCCUUUAGCUCAUCACCCAGAAGACCAAACAGGACCUGUGGUUUAUUAGCGGCCAAUCAGGCUUUGCGCUGCUCAGCCUCCUCCUACACUGGGGGACGGGGAAGAGACCUUGCCAUGGCCUGUGGCCCCCUGGGAGGUGUAUGGACAGAAGCCACGGCCUCCCCGGGCAAGGCCUUCCCUUGGCUCAGCCAUGAAUAUCAUCCGAGCACAGGCACCUCAUCCCUCCUUGUCCUUUGGUGGGACCGGCCACCAUCCUCCCCUUCCCUCCCCCAAGCACACCUGCGGAGCCAAGGAAUCCGAUGCGGAGUUAGUCAGUUGUGUGUGUUGAAGAGACAAGCUGGUCAAAACUGAAUUCACGACUGUUCAUAUCAUCCCACAGACACACCCUUCCAUGCACAACUCUGGCUUUUUAAAAAUCCAUGUUACAUUUAUAUUUACGUUUCUAUUCCUGAGUGUAUUUCUCACUAAGCUGCCAUGGUCCCUAAGCAAUAAUCCCCCCUUUCUGGUUAGCUGGAGAAGUUUGUGGGUUCUUUUUCAGCUGCCACUUCCCUUCCACCUGGCUUACCUGAUCAGGCCCUGUGGCAGCCCUGCUUUCCUGCGCAAAGGACCCCUCCCCAAAGGCCUUGUGGAGCAGCUUUGCUGCCAAGGGGGAGGGGAUUCUGAGGGUCACGGGUGUGAUGCUCAGGGGAGGCCCCCACAGGGACUCCACAGCUCCGUUUCUCACUUGGCAUCAACUGCUGUGGCCCCUGCCGCCCCCCCACUUUCCCUUUGUGUGGCUGGGGACAGAGGAGAGGUUGCUGCUUUUGCAUAUUCAUUCAGUAUCCUGGGGAGGGGGGGCUCCACGACUUCUCCCCACCAGCAUUCCUCUCUUUUUCUUUCCUGUAUUCUCUUUUUCCGGAAGAAUCCCUCCCCCUCCUCAAUUUUUAUGGUGCAGUAAAAGAGGCCUUCAUUAGAGGAAUGUAAUCUCAGCACAGGGACAGUUAAUAACCCUCCGUAAAUUGCAAAUUGGGAUCUGUCCUUUUGCACGCUUCAGCCCAGCCUCCUCCUGUGUGGCUCCAGAUGCAGCAUGUGGCGGGAAGGAGGUGAUGAUUAGGGAAGAACAAAUAAAGGGCAACCUUCCUUAACAAUGCAGGCGCCUCAUUUCUCUCUACCUACCUACCUAUCAUCCAUCUCUCUCUGCCUUCCUCAGAGGUGGCUUCCCAGAGAGAAACCUUGGAUCCUGGGACCUUCCCAGCCAAUCAUGGGUGGUUGGAUGCCAUCCUUCGACCUGUGCUGGCCAGGUUGAUGGGGUGUCCCAGGAGCGGUAGCAGCAGACGUCUGGGAGGGCAGCUCCCUUUGUCAUGGGGAUGGUGGUGGUCUCCUGGGAGACUUCAGGUCAGGGAAGGUUGCAGUUGACCGUCAUCUCUCCUGCAGCCCAGAGCUAAGCUGGGAAGCCACUGGCCGCUCUCCUGCUGGCUUCUACCUGGCCGCCUGGGGUCAGCCAGACAUAAUGGAGGCUAAGAAGGACUGCUGCCAUCGUUGUUUAUCCCCUUUCCCAGUCGAACACCUUCGCGUGUCUAGACCCUUCGCCUGGGCAGGUGACAACCCACCGUCAGCCCUCAAAGCUCUUUCGUUGCGCGAGAGACCUUGGCAUGGUCAGCCUCAACAUCUGUGCUACAGAGGCGAUGACAGCUCUUGUAGACAUUUAAAUAUAAAUAUUCCCAGGAUGCCUGUUUUUUGAAAAUCUGGAGCUGGAAGGGAAGCUCCACCUCUGUUACCAAGUUCAACUGGCCACCUUCUUCUUGGUCCUGCAUCCUUCCUCCCACCCAACGCCCUACAGGUGUGUUGGAGGCAGGCAAGGAAUUGUGGGAGUUGGAGUCCGGUACGUCUCGGGGAGAUCCUUGAACUUACCCGUGAAAAAGGGAGGAAAUUCAACAUCUCUCCUCCUUAAAUCAUUGGGGGGGGGAGAUGGCAGGAAGAAGGCUUGCAUGCUGUCCCCCCCCAGUGGGAAGGAUGGAGGCAUCCCCCUUUGUUAAAACAUCAGCACACAGUAAAUUUCUUCACUUACCGUAUAGAUCAAUAUCAAAUUAUCAUGUCUCACAUUCAUAACUCUUAAGCAAGCCACAAUGGGGAGAGACAAGGUCACGGGAGAAUAAAUAGCAGCCGACGCACUCCCCGAUCCAUCACUCCCGACAAGCCCCAGCUCUUCUGCACCCGGCCACUGACAAGAUCAUUAAUAACACCCCACCAGGGCCCCGAUCGAUGGGUCUGAUGGAUGAGUGCAGGUAGCAAAGACAGGGAAACAGCUGCCUGUCACGCCUGGCUGAAGAAUGGGAGUCGGUCGAGAGGGGCUCUGCCAGCUCCCCCGGGAACCAUUUGGGGCCAGGCGGGAACGUUUGACUUUGGCACCGGAGCCCCUGCCUGACAGGCCCCUCCAGAGCCUCAAGGGUGCUGCCUGCUGGGCCAGGCCAAGGCCCCAACGGAGCCCAGGAUGCACUUGAGUGGCCCAGGGUCCUUGAGUGGCUCAGGCUGUAAGAUAGCCUGUUAUUAAAACACAGCUGCCUGCAAUUACUGCAGGUUCUAGUCCCACCAGGCCCAAGGUUGACUCAGCCUUCCAUCCUUUAUAAGGUAGGUAAAAUGAGGACCCAGAUUGUUGGGGGGGGGGCAAUAAGUUGACUUUGUAUAUAAAUAUACAAAUAGGAUGAGACUAUUGCCUUACACACUGUAAGCCGCCCUGAGUCUUCGGAGAAGGGCGGGAUAUAAAUGUAAAUAAAAAAUUUUUUAAAAAAACUUCCCCUGGGGGGCCAUCCAUACAUCCCA